AUGUGCUUUCUCAUGCAGGAGAACAGUGUGGAGUUCGAGGCUUGCCUGGUGGCCCAGUGUGAUGCCCUCAUCGAUGCCCUCAACAGAAGGAAAGCCCAGCUGCUCGCACGUGUCAACAAGGAGCAUGAGCACAAGCUGAAGGUGGUUCGAGAUCAGAUCUCUCACUGCACAGUGAAAUUGCGCCAGACCACAGGUCUCAUGGAGUACUGCUUGGAGGUCAUUAAGGAAAAUGAUCCCAGUGGCUUUUUACAGAUUUCUGACGCCCUCAUAAGGAGAGUGCACCUGACUGAGGAUCAGUGGGGGAAAGGCACGCUCACUCCCAGGAUGACCACGGACUUUGACCUGAGUCUGGACAACAGCCCUCUGCUGCAAUCCAUUCACCAACUCGACUUCGUACAGAUGAAAGCUUCCUCUCCAGUCCCAGCAACCCCCAUCCUGCAGCUGGAGGAGUGUUGCACUCACAACAACAGCGCCACACUGUCCUGGAAACAGCCACCUCUGUCCACGGUGCCUGCCGAAGGCUACAUUCUGGAGCUGGAUGACGGCAACGGUGGUCAGUUUCGGGAAGUGUAUGUUGGAAAGGAGACGAUGUGCACCGUGGACGGUCUUCACUUCAACAGCACAUACAACGCUCGCAUCAAGGCCUUCAACAAAACAGGAGUCAGCCAGUACAGCAAGACCCUGGUCCUCCAAACGUCUGAGGGUAAGGCCCUUCAGCAGUAUCCCUCAGAGCGAGAACUUCGAGGCAUCUAAAAUGGCUGACAAGCCCGGAGGUAACCCCACCACUGCCCACAUUCUCAAGUGUUUCCAUGACUUGCUCUGCAUUCUGGCACAAGGCCGCUGUUCCUCUCCUGCCGUUAGAGAGCCCAUGGUAUGUGGAUGUGAUCAAACCAAAGAGUCCACAGCAGCAGUUCAAAUGGCCUGGGGCGUCGGCUUCCUUUGAUAACAUUCUAAAUAAGCUGCAGUUGAAGAAGCUGAAAAAUGAAGGCCUGAAUGUCCCCCCACCCCACCCCGGUGUGUGACACAAAUGUAUCUAGGCUCUAGGGCAGGCUCCCAUUCUCCACGAUACACAUCACUUGCCAGUUUUGCCCAGAUGAUUCUAAAUUGCUUUGUAGUGCUUGCUUGUUUCUGAGGGUGGGACCGAGGUUCUUUCCAGCUGUGGAUUUGUGUGACUGAACAUGUUUCCAGUGGGUGUGGGUGCUAGAGCUGUUCAGAGAGGGCCUGUUGGCCACUCCUGGCUUCCCCAGCACGGACCGCUUCCAUCUCACCCAAAGCCGAGGCCGGCGGCGCCUGGACUGAGGCUUCCUGUGGGCACCAAACAGGAAGUGACCAGCAACUCCGCAUUACCUCGCCAUUUUCACCUUUGCCCGUCCCUCUAGGCUUGGUCAGGCCACCUUAGGGCCACCACACAAGGUCACUCUCUAGCGAACACUCGCUUCUUGGCUGUACUGUAAAUAGUUUGGCCAUCAAAGGCAAGCCAUUCCCCUUGGAAGAGGGGCUUGAAUUUGAUGACCGGGUAUAACCUCUGAGGCUUUUAACAUUUUCAUUUUAAAAGCAAUCACAGCACAUGAAAUUAAACCUAUGAAGAGGUAUUUGUGGUUGGUGCCAAAGCAUUUUCAGACCCCCUGGGUGUCAUUUUAAUCACAGAAGUGACCCCCCACCGGCAUUCCCCCAUGACCUCCGUCUGCAGAACUAUAAUUGUGUUGAUUUUGUUCAAAUUCAAGAUGUUAGCUAAAAGAACUGUGGUGGUGUUUUUUUCCCACGUCCCACAGACCUUGGCAUGUGCCAGCCACCCUUAAAAUGGUUCACAUGGUUAAAAACAAGCACAACUUCAAAUCCCACAGCAAGGUUGGCAGGUCCCUAGCCAUACAAACCGUGCCUGGGGAGCAGGGGUAAGUCUGUGAGGGACGGUAUUUAAAGAGAAGGAUUCGCUGAAGGGAAAAUGGCCGCGUGACCUAUUCUCGUCGGGUUAUGGGGAUGUGGCAGCGGCAGCCUCCCAAAUGAUCACGUUAGCAACUUCUCUCUGGGAUGACCUAUCUGCUUGAGAGCAGUUGCCUCUUUUCCCAAAGCACCAUGCUAAAUGCUAAAGCCCUCAAGAGUUGCCUCGAUGCAGGGCAGAAGGCCCUUCCUGAUGAUGGCCUCGUUUCCCACGUGCGUACCAGGCGUACAAGGCGGUUUGAUUGAAGAGUGAAGUGCAUGCCAUCAGAGCAGGGAGCCAGUUUGCAGCAAUGUUGCUAAUAUGUGUCAUGAGACCUCCUAUUUCUACUCAUAAUCCAUCAUGGAAAUCAUAUUCUUCUGCUAAAAUCAGUUAUUAGCAUAGCAGCUUGAGCAUUCACGUUUCUCUUUUCAUCCUGCAGGAGGAUGUAGUUUCUCAGUUUCUCUUAAUGUUCAUAAGAUUAUGGUGUCUAAUAAAUUCCAGGAUUGGAACUGCGAUCCCCGUCACAGAACUGGGGGUCAUUUUCUAAAAGAAACUAACGGAACAAGUCCUCUUCCAACAAAGAAACUGUACUGUAGAAAUUAAUUUCCUCCAUGAAUUUUAUAUAUUGUGUACAAAUAUAAGGUAUGUAUCUAAAUACAAAGAAAACCUUAUCAUCUUGUAGAUAUCAGUAUUCUCUGUUACUGCCCAGAAGUGAUUUUCUCAUGAUGAAAUAAAGUUCACACACAUACUUUCUCCAUAACUUUGGUUUGUUCUAUUUGUUUCUCCCUCAU